GCUCUGAGCGCCAGUGCCGCCGACCCGGCGGCGCGGCGCGCCGCUACGGCGGUGAUGGAUGAGAUACGACGCUACUUCAACCGCCAGGAUGUCUGCGGCUCGCCCAAUGCCCGCACCGUCCUGGCUGGUCAUCUGGUGCGCUUCGCAGCCGACCUCCUUUUGCGGGAGACGGCGAAGGAGGCGCUGCGCUGGUGGACAGAGUUCCUUCUGCGUGUAGAGGAUGCGCGGCCAUUUACGAAAAGCAACUGGGCUCAUUCGUCAACAUUUGAAGAGACCCUUGGCCGCUGCCGCCUCGUGCUGCUGGAUUUGAGCAAGGAGGAAACGAGCCACAUGCCAGUCUUCCGACAGCUCCGUGAGUCGCUGCGCGAGGCUCACAACCUUGGUCGCCACGCUGCGGACAGUCUCAUGGAGUUGCUGUACAUAGCACUUCGGCAAUCGCCGACAGAGCGCUUCGCCUUCCUCGAGCUUUCCCAGCAAGUGGAGGCGGGCAGCUCAGCUUCAUCUUUCACGAUGGUGGAGGACGAAGUUAUCUACCACAUCCUGCAUAUAGAGAAGUGUCACGUGGCCGAUCUUCUUGCCGACUGCUUCUUGCAACAGCUGCAGUGUGCUGCCGAGUAUUCGCAGGAGGACCUCUCGGAUCAACUGGACCACGCUGGCCACACUCGGGAGUCCCUGGCAGCCCGUGCACGCGUGCAGCAGCUGCUGAGGAUCCUGCACGAACACCUUCUCGAUCCUGCGAGGAGCCCGAAAGGCAACACAGGUCUACUGCCCAGCACUGUGCACAGCCUGGGCGAUGAGACGUGGCUGGCCUUCGUUGAGCUGCAUGGCCUCUACUGCCUCCUCGCGGCUCUCCUCCGUCGGGCUGCCAUCUGCUUGGAGGCCAUCCAGGACUAUGCCAAGUUCAUGUGCUUCCUGCCGGUGCAUCAGGCCUCUCUGCUCGACCUCGAACAGCUCUUCCCUCAGCUCAGAGCACACAUUGUGCAGAAGACACAGCAGAUCAUGGAUGCCUACGAACGCCUCCCCCGGCACACAGCUCCCCCGGGCCGGGUUGCGGUUCUGAGCAAGGGACGAGGACUACUGCAGAAGCUGGAGCAGACGUCGGCCUCCUGCCAGUCUGCCAAAGAGGCUCUGCGAGCUGUCACGCCCCAAGCGACGCUGAAGGAUUUCCAUCGCUGGAGGGCGACGGACCUGCGCUGGAGACAGUUCGCACGACUGCACUUGGCAGCUCGGGCGCUGUUCUCGCCUGAGCAGCUACAAGCACUGGAGGCCGCAAACGCUGCGCGCCCUCCGCGCGAAA